UCUGGGCCAAUCAGCCCUCCGUGCUGUCAGCUGAACACCGGAUUGGAUGUUGAUAAGCUGUCCUGUUCUUCAGCGCAGCAAUUCAACUUUGUCCCUUUAAACAGACUGUGGCAGUUCUACACCUUUCGCCAUAGAGGAGCGUAUCGAUCUGAUUGUCUGCUGCGCUUGCUCUCCUCCUGGAUAGUUUCAUUGAAAUUUCAUCAGCUACUUUGAUGUCAGGAUAAUGACGCUGACAACAGACAUGGAAACAGAGAAUUCCCUUCGCUAAAUCACUUAUGCUUUCAGGAGCACGGAGGAAUGGACAUCUUUAACCUUCUCGGGAGCACAGAGGAGUCAGAUGGUGACCACCGGUGGACACCUAAUGAUACUCCAAGCCCUCAAAGCAGUGGUGCUGAUGACUUCCUAGAUACUCUGCUGCAUGAUUCCUCCUCUGUGCCAGGGUCCCCCCUCUGGUCACCCUGUACCACCCACAAUGGUGUUAACGAGGACAUCCUGGCUAGGCUGACAGACUGUCCCCAUCCAAUCUCCUGCACAGGGUUCCCUGCCUUCGACAUUCGGGUUUUUUCCCAGGCUCCAGAUAUGGAGAACUCGCCUGCGGCAAAAGAAAAGCUGCCUGACGUGUCCAUUGAUUUAGGCUGGGAGUCUGAGGGCUGCCAUGAGGAGUUUGGCAUUACAUGCUACCUUUCCAACAGCCAAACCCCACUGCUGCCAUCAAGCCACGCGGUCACAGUAAAGGACCUGCUUUUAUCCAGUCUGGGACAGAACGCACAGCGAAUCUCUCAGCAGUCCUUGCAGGAGCUUGUGCUUAAUGAGGAUGAGAAGAAGCUUCUAGCUAAAGAGGGCAUAAGUUUACCCUGCAAACUGCCCCUGUCCAAGUUUGAGGAGAGGAUUUUGAAGAAGAUCCGGCGGAAAAUCCGUAACAAACGCUCGGCUCAAGAAAGUCGGAAGAAGAAAAGGGAAUAUGUUGACAGGCUGGAAGGGAGGAUGACUGCGUGCAGCGCCCAAAACCUCCAGCUUCAGAGGAAAAUCCAGAAGCUGGAAGAGACUAACAAUGCUCUGCUGGAGCAGCUAAGCCGGCUACAGGCUCUCUUGCCUAAUAGCUCCUGCAAAACAACAAACAGAGGAACCUGCAUCCUGGUUUUGCUCCUCUGCUUCUCUAUGCUCAUUUCCUCAAAUAUUCAGCCGGUCCCUUACAGUCAACGCAGCCACGCAGAAUAUACAAGGACGGCAGAGUCGUCGCGCUCCCUACUGUCGACGGGCGAAGAGGGAGAAGUCCGUCCUCAAACUUUUUCGCCUUCCUCGGUCUCCUGGGGCUUUGAGGACCUGCGAAGCCUGAAGGAGAAGCUUUGGGCCUGGACGGUCGUCACCAUGGUACACCUACAGGAACACAACAACGGAGAUGAUUACGGAUCUUGGCAGAGCAGAAACAUGUAGUGGUGUUGGCUUGUGUGUCAGUAGAGUGAGCACUUUAAUUGCUCUUUUCAGUGUCUGUAUUUGACUGUUAUGAUUUCAGUGGUGCACAAACAAGAUGCUACUAGCCAGAACCUGUGCAGUUAUGGUCAGUAGGGAGCUACAGUUGCACUGAUGUCUGAUAAAACAAAACAAAACAAAAAAAAGAACAAGGAAACUCCUCAAGGUUCUUGUUCAGGUACAUGAGCAGGAGAUUCGCCCCUUUAUUUUAUUAUGCACUUUAGAUACAUAUUGUUAAAUAUGUCAGGAAUGAACUUUAACUUCCUCUGUAACAUUUCAGUGAAAUGAUGAUAAAGCACAGGAGCUAAAGAGGUUUUCAAAAUAAAAUUUUGCGAAAAUGCA